AAAGCAAAACAGCGCGCGAAACCCCAGAAGAACCCUCCUAUCACACUUGGCCAUUCUCCAUUCUUCGACGGUAGAGUACAGUAGCGCUGCUGCUAUUGAACAAUGCCGGAGCUGCCGGAGGUGGAGGCCGCGCGUCGGGCGUUAGAGGAUCACUGCGUAGGGAAGAAGAUCAGGAGAUCGACGGUCGCCGAUGAUUCAAAAGUCAUUGACGGCGUCUCUCCGAAGGAUUUCGAGGCGGCGCUCGUCGGUAAAACUAUUGUCGCCGCUCACCGAAAGGGAAAGAACAUGUGGCUUCAGCUUGAUUCCCCUCCUUUUCCCUCUUUCCAAUUCGGAAUGGCUGGAGCUGUUUAUAUCAAGGGGGUUGCAGUCACUAAAUAUAAGCGGUCUGCUGUUAAGGAGACAGAUGAGUGGCCUUCCAAGUAUUCCAAGUUAUUCGUUGAACUAGAUGAUGGUUUGGAGUUCUCUUUUACUGACAAGAGGCGGUUUGCUAAAGUUCGUUUGCUUGACAAUCCUGUUUCUGUGCCCCCAAUAUCUGAGCUUGGUCCUGAUGCAUUGAAGGAGCCUAUGACAGUAGAUGGGUUGAACAGUUCAUUGAGCAAGAAGAAGAUUGGAAUUAAGGCUCUUUUACUUGACCAGAGUUUUAUCUCGGGCAUUGGUAAUUGGAUGGCUGAUGAAGUGCUAUAUCAAGCAAAAAUCCAUCCACAGCAAGCUGCUUCAAGCUUGUCCAAAGAAAACUGUGCAACCUUGCUCAAGUGCAUUAACGAGGUGACUGAAAAGGCUAUGGAAGUUGGGGCCGAUAGUAGUCAGUUCCCUAGUAAUUGGAUUUUCCAUUCCCGGGAUAAGAAGCCUGGCAAGGCUUUUGUUGAUGGUAAGGUAAUUGAAUUCAUCAAUGCAGGCGGCAGGACUACAGCAUAUGUCCCGGAGUUGCAAAAGCUAACCGGCAAUCAAGCUGUAAAAGAAGCAUCCAAUAAAACUACUGCUGACAAAAGCCACAGUGUUGACCAGUCGGAAAACGAAGAAGACGAGCCUAAGAAAGCUAAAGUAGUGAAAGGAAGGAAGACGAGUAAUAGAGCAGCCACAAAGCCUUCCACGAAGAGCAAGUCCGAUGCAAAUGUUGAAGAUUCUGACAAUGAUGAUGACAGCAAUGGUGUUGAUGAUGUAAUAUCUUCAAAGAGAACAAGAGGGGCUAAGAACCCUCCUGCAAAAAGCAAAAAUGGAGAGGGGCAAAAGAGUCAAACGAGAAGGAAAGUUGCUCCUGCAAAGAGAAAGAUCGAGGAAAGUGAUGGUGAUGACCUCAGCAAUUCGAGUGGCAGUAGCGAUAAUGAUAACGAUAAUGGAAAACGUGCGAAGGCUUCAGUAGCAGCGUCGAAGAAAAAGGUUGCAUCCAGUCGGAAUGCAAAGCCAAAGAAAAAGGUGAAAUAAUUACCUAUGCAGCCACUACUCUUACAUGUUAUUGACAGCAAUCGGUACUGCUUUUUUGGCUUUUUGAGUAAUUUAAAAUGAUAUGCGAUGAUAAAUCGUACUACUUUUAUGCUUCUAGUUCUUAGACAGACUGCAAAUGCGUUGUAGUAAUAUUUUGGAUCCGAAAUUGGGUGAUUUGCGAAAUGGUUUCACCUCUAAAGUAUGUAAAUGUGGUUUUUCAGUGACUUCAAUAUGCAAUGCCGAUGACAAUGCAGGUAGUGUGCAUACAUUGUGAAUUAAUUGGUCGUCUUAUCGAA